AUGAUGGAUCAAAUCCACCUAGUCGGUGAGGAGGAAGAUGACUACGCUGGCUUUAAUGACUACAAUGCUGCUCUUGACACUGAGGAUUUAGUCCAUGAUGAGACUUUCCAGAAGGCAGUUCUUAGGACAAGCCAUGGCAGACGACCACCUGUAUCCACAACUCUGGCAACAGCAGCCAGAGGACGCAUGGCAUUAUCUUCAUCCAUGGGCAGGCCUGGCAGUGGGAUUGCUAUCCAAGCCGGCCAGGCUCGACCCAUGACAGCCGUCAGAGCUGCCGGCUUUACUUCUGCUGGCAACAGACGUAAGUUGCUCUGGUGUUUUUUAUUUGUGCCUGGGCUGUUGUACCAGGAUAUUCACAAUUGGUUUGUUUGUGCCUACAGCUGUUGUACCAUGAUAUUCAGAAAUAGCUUGUUUGUGCUUGAGCUGUUGUACCAUGAUAUUCACAAAUGGCUUGUUUGUGCUUGGGCUGUUGUACCAUGA